GUGGGACAGCGUGGUGACGUAGGAACCCGGAAACUCGUCACUUUGGCAGCGCUGCGUCCUCCAGAGAAGAUUUCUGCUUUCUGUGGUGUUUUUGUUCAGUUUUCUCGUUUCAUCCGGAUCCUGGACGCUUUGCUCUGCGAGCUCAGACUUCAGCAUGCUCUCAGUCAGGUUCCUGUCCCUGAGGUCUGCCUCUUCUCUGACCAGCAGGUCGCUCUGCAUAGCUGCAGCCGCUAAUCAUGGGAGGGCCCCCGACAUGGCAGAGGGAAAUCCACUUUUACACGUUUCAAAUGUGCGGAACCGGCUGAGAGAAAUAGUUGGGGCUUCGACAAACUGGAGCGACCAUCAGCAGGCCAUGGCAGAGCGUGUGUCUCUGUCAUCCAAGCUGGCCAAGUCUCAAAGUGAACUUCCUGCUAAGAGGAUGAAGGACAGCUUCCUGGAGGUCCACCUUCCUCUGGGCUCAGAGCCGGAGCUCAGGGAGAAGUACCUGACCUACCACAACACGGUCAGGUUUGGACGGAUCCUGGAGGACUUGGACAGCCUGGCAGUCCUCAUUUCCUACUCCCACACAUAUAACUCUGCUCUGAAGAGGUCUCCUCUGUCCAUCGUCACGGCGCUGGUGGAUAAGAUCGACAUGAGGCAGCACGUCAUCUACCCCGACUGCGACAUCAAGUUCACAGGUCAGGUGACCUGGGUCGGGAGGUCGUCCAUCGAGGCAAAGAUGCACAUGUCACAGUACCGGGACGGAGCUUAUUCCCCCGUUCUGGAUGCUACGUUUGUCAUGGUGGCUCGGGACCCGGCCAACAAGAGGGCUGCGUUUGUGAAUCCCCUGAAGCCUGAAGGUCCAGAGGAAGAGAAGCUCCUGCAGGAAGGAGAAGCGAAUAAAUCUCGGCGUGUUGAACUCAGCACAGCGUCGCUGCUGAAGGUCGCUCCAGCAGAUGAGGAGAGGAGGAUCAUCCAUGAUCUGUUUCUUAACACCCUGGACACAAACACGGUUAGUUUCCGCAGCAGAAUUUUACCUCCAAAGUCUGUCUGGAUGGAGGACGCUAAACUGAAAGGACUGGAGAUCUGCCACCCUCAGCAGAGAAACAUCUUCAACAGGAUAUUUGGAGGUUUUCUCAUGAGGAAAGCCUACGAGCUGGGCUGGGCCAACGCCUGCUCCUUUGGUGGAUGUCGGCCGAGUCUGGUGGCCGUCGAUGAUAUUCUCUUCCAGAAACCCGUGGAGAUCGGCUCCCUGCUGAUGCUCUCCUCCCAGGUGUGUUACACCCAGGGGAAAUACAUCCAGGUCAGAGUUCACAGUGAGGUGUUUGACCCGCUGACUCAGCAGCACAACACCACCAACAUCUUUCACUACACCUUCGCUUCGGACCGGGACGUCCCAAGCAUCGUUCCCAGGACGUACGGAGAGUCGAUGCUCUACCUGGACGGGAAAAGACACUUUAACCAAACCGUGGAGUCCUGAGAGGUCAGAGGAGCAAACCACAGCUAUAUGAGACCACAGACGCACUUCAGAUACUUUAAGCUGCUUUUCUACCAAAGUUUAUCUGCUGUGGAUAUUUAAGCUUUAUCAUGUAUUCCUUUUAAAACAAUAAAGCCUUUACAUGCAGCUUCUAAGCAGCCACACAAUUCCCAACCUACUA